CGGCUUUGUUCGUCUAUUUCCGUGCAGGCCUCCGGCUGCCAUUUUGUUGUCUGACUUGUUGGCUGAGGCGCUGUAGUUAGCAGGAACCCAGCGUAGAUACGUUCUCCGGCAAUGGACGGCAUUGUCAGUGAUGUUGCUGUUGGAGUGAAGAGAGGCUCAGACGAGCUGCUGUCAGGCAGCCACUACACCAGUCCGAGCACUGGUAUGAGUGGGAUUGUAACUGCUAACGGAAAUGAUAGCAAGAAACUGAGAGUGGAAGACAGAAUGGACGCCACCCCUUCCCGUGUCCUCCACAUAAGGAAGCUGCCCAAUGAAGUUUCUGAGACGGAGGUCAUCGCCUUGGGCUUGCCUUUUGGGAAGGUCACCAAUAUCCUGAUGCUUAAGGGAAAGAAUCAGGCAUUCCUGGAGCUGGGGACAGAGGAAGCCGCCAUUACCAUGGUGAACUACUACACGGCUGUGACACCUCAUGUCCGCAACGUCCCCGUCUUCAUCCAGUACUCCAAUCACAAAGAGCUGAAGACCGAUAAUGCCCUCAACCAGCGUGCACAAGCGGUCCUCCAGGCCGUGACAGCGGUCCAGGCGGGAGGCACCCCGACGUCGGGAACGACAGCCAGCGAGAAUGCGCUGACGCCGGCGCCCAGCCCCGUGCUGCGGAUAAUCAUCGAUAAUAUGUUCUAUCCCGUCACUCUGGAUGUCCUUCAACAGAUCUUUUCCAAGUUCGGAACGGUCAUGAAGAUCAUCACGUUCACCAAGAACAAUCAGUUUCAAGCCCUGCUGCAGUUCAGCGACCCUGUGAAUGCCCAGCAAGCAAAGCUGUCCUUGGAUGGGCAAAACAUCUACAAUGCCUGUUGCACGCUGCGCAUUGACUUCUCUAAGCUGGUCAACCUUAAUGUCAAGUAUAACAACGACAAGAGCCGGGACUAUACCAGACCAGAACUGCCUGCUGGAGACGGACAGCCCUCCGUCGAUCCCACUGCAGCAGCUGGCUUCAGCAAAGAUACCUCCUCUCUGCUCGGAACUCCGUCUGGAAUGAUGACUCCCUACACCAGUGGCGGGGCGUUCCCGUCCACCCUCAGCUUCGCGCAGGGCGGAGGGGCGCUGAGUCCGCUGAGCGCCGCCGCGGCCGCAGCGGCUGCAGCCGGAAGGGUGGCGCUGUCCGGUCACACGGGCAGCAGCGGCGUGCUGCUAGUCAGCAACCUCAACGAGGAGAUGGUUACGCCCCAAAGUCUGUUUACCCUCUUCGGAGUUUACGGCGAUGCUCAGCGUGUGAAGAUACUAUACAAUAAAAAAGACAGCGCGCUCAUACAAAUGGCCGACGCCAAUCAAGCACAGCUUGCCAUGAGUCAUCUGAAUGGCCAGAAGAUGUACGGAAAGAUAAUCCGGGUGACUCUGUCGAAACAUCAGACGGUGCAGCUGCCCAGAGAAGGUCUGGAUGACCAGGGGCUCACAAAGGACUUCACUAACUCCCCCCUGCAUCGAUUCAAGAAGCCCGGUUCGAAAAACUUCCAGAACAUCUUUCCGCCGUCUGCCACUCUCCACCUUUCCAACAUCCCACAAAAUGUAACUGAAGAUGACCUCCGACUGCUAUUCUCGAAUUCCGGUGGCACUGUGAAAGCAUUUAAGUUUUUCCAAGACCACAGAAUGGCACUGCUGCAGAUGUCAACGGUGGAAGAAGCUAUCCAGGCCUUGAUCGACCUCCACAAUUACAACAUGGGUGACAACCAUCACUUGAGGGUCUCCUUCUCGAAGUCGACUAUCUGAAGCAGUUGAGAGUUGCUCCUCUUAAUACUUUCGAGUGGUGUUACCUGUUGACAGUUUCUCCAUACUGGGGACCACCAUUUUGGCUCUCGUGUUUUGUUUUGUUUUGUUUAUUUCUUUUGUUUGUUCAGUCAUUCCUUAAUAUGACGGAUUCUGAAAAAAAAUAAUAAUCUGGAGAGAUACUGCUCUGCUUUGGAGAUACUGUCCUCAUUUGUCUGUUAGGCAAGCCAUUAACUCUUUCUAUUUCUUCAAACGAAGGAUGGAAAUCUUUUUAUUAGUGAGUUGAAAAGACACGUGCCUUACUUACACAGUACCAACACUUCAGUUUUUGCAUUUAAGUAGGUUAUAUCUGUUUAGGCACAUUGUUUCUUAUGGUCUGUGGGGUGGAUGUGUGUAAAUGCCCCAGGUGUCCUUCUGUGUCUGUAUAUUUUGACAUGCAUCCCCUUAAGUGUAGACCAUUAACUCCUAGAAUUAAAUUUCUGUUUGUGAAA